UUUUUCUCCUUCUCCAUCCCGGUGAGCAUUCCGAGACUCGGGCACCACUUGCUACUCAAACCUUGGCGCUAGAGAGCCGAAAAUCAGUGAGCCAGUCGAUCUUGGGCGCUCUUACCGAGAGGUCGAAUCUCGACGCUACUUGAUAGCUUAAAUUUCCGAGCACUUUUUUUAAUUAAGUCGAACGAUAAUUUGUAUUUUUGUGGAUGUAAUUGUGGAUGUUCACUUGGAUUACGUGCUGUGUUGUGAUUAUUAAUGUUAAUUGUGAUUAAAUAUUAAAUAAGGAUAUUUAUUAAAAUGGUUACUGGAGUGGGCGCCACAAUGCCAGCGGGUGGUGUCACUGUGGGAGCAACUCCCCCGGCUGCACACGUGCCCCAGGAGGCUGGUCAACCACCUGCGCAAAUUACGACCACCACCACAAGACGAACUGGUGAAAAUCGACGGAGCAACAAACCGAUCAUGGAAAAAAGAAGACGAGCGAGGAUCAACAAUUGUCUUAAUGAUCUCAAGACUUUGAUAUUGGAUGCGAUGAAAAAAGACCCGGCUAGACAUUCAAAGUUAGAAAAAGCGGACAUCCUGGAGAUGACAGUAAAACAUCUAGAGACACUGCAGCGUCAACAGGUAGCUCUAGCAGCAGCGACAGAUCCAAGUGUGCUAAAUAAAUUUCGCGCUGGAUUUACCGAGUGUGCUGGUGAAGUUGGCAGAUUUCCCGGACUGGAUGCCUCCGUUAAACGUCGCCUGAUGUCCCACUUGGCAUCCUGCCUAGGACCAGUAGAAAACGCAACCUCAACAAAUGGAUCCACCGGAGUCACGGGACAAACUCAGCCGGUCCAGCCCGCGCCUACGACGCAACUCCAAGUCCAUAUUCUUCCCCAAGUGGAUGUUUCGUCCCCGCGAAUCCAAGUCCAGCAGUCCAACGGGAUCUUCUUCACGAACGCAAACGGCACGGGGUUGCAGUUGGUUCCAACGCGAUUACCGAACGGUGACAUCGCGCUAGUGCUUCCUGCGAAUGCAAAAGCAACCCCAGUUUCCCCAGUGUCUUCACCAGCCCCUUCAUCGCCGCUGCCGACUCUGAUACCCAUCCCCCAAAGAACGGCCAGUACAGCAUCCGCUUCUUCAUCAACUUCGUCAACCAGCUCAACUUCUACCUCCGCUGCCAGUCCCGUAGCCUUCGAGGCUCCACCGCCAGCAGCUUUCCGGGAACAGACGACCACCACCUUCGCGACCUCUUCUACGAGUCACCGCGAUGUCGCGACCUCACCCGCGAACGGGUACACAAGUGAUCCCGAGUUUGAUCCCCGUGUCUACAGUCCGCCCUUACAAAAACCUCUGGCUCUGGUGAUGCGCAAAAGCGUUGUCCCGGAAAUCGAAGGCAAACCCUGGAGGCCGUGGUAGAAAAAAAAAAUUUUUCGCGCGUAAUUAAUUAGUUUUAGUUGAGAAAAGUGAUUAUAUUGUAAGAUAGUGUUUUGUCAGAGGCACAAAUUUAUUUUUUGUGAGCCAAUGAGGCUGUGCCUUAUGAGCAGUGCCUUGGACUUGUAAAUAACGACUCGAUGGUCAUGAUAAAUAAUUAUGAAAAUUGUUUUUUUGAAAUUAGCCGCUUUAUUGUAAAUAAAUAUGUAUAUUAUUACUACUAUUAGUUUAUUAUUUUAAGUGCCUUACGCAACAAGAAUCACAGGUCUUCCAAUUUUGUUGUAAGUUAAAAACCACGCCAGAAAAUAUAUUUAUGUAUAUGAAUAUAUGAGCAUUUUUUUUAUUACGUCUAUUCAUUAUGUUUAAGUUGUAUAUUUUUGCUUAAUGUACGGGAGAUUUAUUGUAUGAACGUGAUAUAAAACCAGAGACAGAGUGUAUUUAUAAUUUAUGAGUGCAAAGAUUGAUGUUUAUUAUUGACUAUUAUUAUUAUGAUUUAUUAUUAUUAUUAUUGAUAUUAUUGAAUAUUAAUUAUUAAUAAUUUCUAUUGACAAAUAGAAAAAAUCACGCUUAUUACACUAGGAUCAAAUAAAUAUUGAUCUCUUU